UCUGGAGCACUUGUUCCGGGUCCUGCCGUCCUCUAACAGCUCAGAGAUCUUCACAGCUAGCAGGAAAUAUAACAUGAUGGACGUUCAGUCCAGGAUGCACCCUGACAUUCCUGAAAAUGGAGAACUGCCUCCUAUGGAGGUCACCAGUGAUUUUGUACCCCAGGAAGGUGGAGGAGAGGAUGAGAAACCUGUGUCCAACCUGCAGAGGAGACGCAGCGAUGUUAAAGUGUACAAAGAAAUCUGUGACUUCUAUGCCAGAUUCAACAUGGCGAAUGCUCUGGCGAAUGCGAUGUGUGAGCGCUGUAGGUCUGGCUUUGCCCCUGCAGAAAAGAUUGUGAACAGUAAUGGAGAACUCUACCACGAGCACUGCUUUGUGUGUGCACAGUGCUUCCAGCAGUUUCCGGAGGGGCUCUUCUAUGAGUUUGAGGGACGGAAGUACUGUGAACACGAUUUCCAAAUGCUCUUCGCCCCAUGCUGCCACCAGUGCGGUGAAUUCAUCAUUGGCCGUGUUAUCAAGGCAAUGAAUAACAGCUGGCACCCUGAGUGUUUCCGCUGUGAUAUCUGUCAGCAAGUCCUGGCAGACAUUGGCUUCGUCAAGAAUGCAGGCAGACAUCUGUGUCGUCCUUGUCACAACCGAGAGAAAGCCAGGGGCCUGGGGAAGUACAUCUGUCAGAAGUGCCACGCCAUAAUUGACGAGCAACCACUAAUAUUCAAGAAUGAUCCUUACCAUCCUGAUCACUUCAACUGUGCCAACUGCGGCAAGGAACUCACUGCUGAUGCUCGCGAGUUGAAAGGAGAACUCUACUGCCUGCCCUGCCAUGACAAGAUGGGCGUUCCAAUUUGUGGAGCCUGCAGGAGGCCAAUUGAAGGGCGAGUGGUGAACGCAAUGGGAAAGCAAUGGCAUGUGGAGCACUUUGUAUGUGCGAAGUGUGAAAAGCCUUUCUUGGGCCAUCGUCACUAUGAGAGGAAGGGUCUGGCUUACUGUGAGACUCAUUACAACCAGCUUUUUGGAGAUGUUUGCUUCCACUGCAACCGUGUAAUUGAAGGCGAUGUUGUGUCUGCCCUGAACAAGGCCUGGUGCGUAAACUGUUUUGCUUGUUCCACCUGCAACACAAAGUUAACCCUCAAACAUAAAUUUGUAGAAAUAGAUUUAAAGCCCACUUGCAAGUCCUGUUAUGAAAAGUUGCCUGAUGAAUUUAAACGACGUCUUUCCAAGUUAUCAAAAGAUGGCAAAGAUAAAGGCAAAAAGAAAAAAGGAUCCUGCCUGUGAUCGCUCUUUCUUCUUUCCUGGUCACAUGGGAACAAGUUUGUGGAAUUUGACAUGAAGCCGGUGUGUAAGAAAUGCUAUGAGAAGUUCCCCCUGGAGUUAAAGAAACGGCUCAAAAAGCUCUCGGAAACCAUAGCGAGAAAAUAACCAUUUCCUGUGUAUGGUAUAGAAGACUGUCGGCAGGGUGCAGCACGCCAGUCCAGCGCCGAUCAUACAUUCUACUUGACUGUUACCUGCACUAACAUUCACGCAAUAUAUUUAUCUGCAUGAUAGCUGUAUUAAACUACAACGCACAGGCUAUUUAUUCCCUCACCUCAUUAAUACCUUUUUGCCUUGCUGCAGUCCACAGCAGCAGAAUCCAGCGUCCUUUAUGUAUUGCUAUGUUUCACGUCACCAUGUGUAGAUCAGUAUUACUCCACUAAAACACUGUAAAAUGUGACUGAAAAGCUCACGCUCUAGAGUAAGCGAUCUUCUAUGCAUUUGUGCAUACAGCGAGAACUGGCCAUAGACUACUUAGCGUCCCGGGACCCCAGGUUAGCUCAGAUAUGUCAUGUUCUGAACACUUUUAAGCAGGUGGGUUACAUGCGGUCUGUUGCUGAAGAGUAUAUGCUGCUUUAUAGUCUCAUCUCUUAUAUUUGUACUAUAAGACACGUACAGCAUCUCAAGAGUAUACGCAAAAACCCAUUGAAAAGCGGCUAUAGACCUGGCUGUCGGGCUCCUGAUGUCUGACUGCAUUUUGGACUUGCCUUGCACAACCAGUGCAUCACUAGUGCCUUUACCCAAGUGCGUUAGACAGCAAAGCCAUCUCUACUCGCAGUGAAAACCAGAAAAGGGAACCAUGGAAAGCACCAUUACCAGAGCAUUGAGAAUACUUGAAUUUCACUUGUGCUCUGCAGUCUGCAUGUCAUUCCCAUUCAUUGCUUUAUAUUGUUUAUUUUGUGCCUUAAACCUCCAUUUCCUCCUAACCUUAUACUCAUAGUCACUAUUUGGAUAUAUAUGGUAAUUUUAAAGCUUUUGAUUAUUUCUACUAUGCAGUAAACACAGUGCUGUUCAUUCCCAGGCAGCAUGCUUUUAUCUUGAACAUGUGAAGUAUUUUUAUUGCAGAUUAUCCACAUACUUAUUGUUAUGUAGUCUUGACUUUAUAUGUAAUGCCCAAUCUGUACUCUAAUGUGUAAGAUGAUUUGAUCAGCUUUUUACACACCCAUAUACCACCGUUCUUGGAGAAACGGCUAAAACCUUUAUAGAGGAUGUGUCUGUCUUGUCUUUAUAUUGAGACUUGAGUUUAUUAGGAGUUGUAGAAAUUAUGGUAUUAAAAAAAUAUAUAAUAUUUUUUAUUUUUCCCUUAAAGGGGUUGUCCAACAUAUUUUCAGACUCCAGCAGCUGGGUCCUGGCUCCAUUGCCCGUUCUGCAGCUCCUGGGUGUGCCAACAUCAACAUCCAAUCACUGGCUGCAGCGUUGACGUGUCACCCAUGUGGCACGUGACCCAGUGACAUGCUGCAUGGCUUCAGUGGUCAUGUGCCCCGUGUGAAAACGGGUGUUGAUGUGAGCACACUUGGGAGCUGUGAAGUGAUGGAGCCGGAACCCAGCAGCUGGGGUCACACAUGAUCGCCGCCUGUCCAGCAAUGCUGUGGGUUCUGAUGAAAAAUGCAAGGUGAACAACCCCUUUGAAAACAAACUAAUGCAACAAUAUAAUCUGAAUAUUUUUAUAAAUUCAUUAAUAAAAUCUAUACACUUAAAGUGAAA